CCAGUACUGAUUUCUGCCUAAAAUAAAUCAUGUGGUCAGGAAAAUUUCCAGCCUCUCUCAGAGAUGGGAGGUGCGUGCUAAUGACUCUAUUAUGAGCAUCAUUAAUGCUGCUUUCAUGAUUGUACUAAAGAGUAAAAAUUCUCCAGCAAAAUGUUUCCAUUGAAUUUACUAAAAAUCUUAAAUAAAUGAGUUUUAGGAAAAUAUUGUUCCUGACCUAUGAUAAAAAACAUCAUAAAUUGGUCAGACAUGCGCUCCUUCCUCACACAGUGUCAAUGUAUCCUUUGAUAACCUUCACGUGACCUUGACAAAAAGAGAUACUUUCGCUUUUUUGGCUCUCUGUAGUUCUACGUAAAAUUUUUAUCUGUACAGAAGAGACUGCGAUAGAUAAUUAUAAUGAUAGGGAAGACUUGGGUGGAGUAGAUCACGCGAGAGUUUGGGAGUUUGCUUUGAGAUUUUUUUUUCUUACAUUUUCCAAAAAAAUAUAAAAUUUUUAAUAAAUAACUUUGCUCUAGAACUUUGAGUUAGGCUAGAAUUUUCGAAAGGGAAAGAAUGUUGCUUAGAAGAUGACUACUAUGUAGGCUCAGACGUCUUAUAUGAGAUCGUUUUCUUCUCCUGGGAUAGGUACUUUAGAAGUUAUCUAGAUAUGAUUAGACAUAUGAGACAAAUAAAUCACAAUUUAUUUAAUUUAACCUAUUUUACCCGACUUUUCUCUAUUUUUUUUCAAGCACACCACUUUUAAAGAUUUUAUAAUAGAAAGAAAUUACCCUAAAGAAAAACUUUUAAACAAAAAAAUUGCAAUGAAUUAAAAAAAAAAUUAAAUGAGAAAUUUUAUUGAUUCAUUCCUUUAUGAUGAUAUCUAAUAAAAUGUUCAAAAAACGUUGUUUGUGAAGUAAAAAAAAUAUCAAUGACGAAAUAGGUAAAACUAAUAAGUUUAUAAUAACCUAACAACUCUUCUUUCGAGAGUUAUUGAAUAACAAUUAUAUUUUAUUAUUUAUCACAUAAUGCGUGUUAGUUGAAUCAAUAUAAUUCACACUUUCUAUCGUACACCUACCAUUUAAUGUUUCUCUGGUUUCUCUUCAAGUGAAUUAAUGGAGAAAAAAUCUCACAGCAAACAAGAACAGAUUUACAUACUAACGGCAAUAAUAAAUGUCUGCAGAAAUACGAUAUUUUUAUUAUUUGUUUUAUGCUCAAUUUAAAAUAAUAUAAGCAGAAAAAAUGAGAAGUAUGUUGUGUUUUAUUUAUUUUAAUAAACAUCCUGUUUCUUUUGUCUUCUAAAUCUUCCUAAAUAAACUGCUAAAAAUGCUAAUAAUAAAAUCAAAACGUCGCUGAAUUGUUUAUAUUGUUUCUUUAGAAGGUCUUUAGAGAACUUUUGGUAUAUUUUUUGUCUUUCUUGUGUUUCUAUUUAGCUCAUUUUGAUUGAAUAUUUCUGUAGCUACAAAGAUAUUCAGUCAGUCCGCCUUAAUCUAGAUCAGUAUGAAAUAUACACAAAACAAUCUUUUUUGCUAAAUAAUCAAUUUAAAAUGCAUACCUAGUUGUUCUUCCAUUCCGCGACUGUUCUCCCAAUAAGGUUUACAUGGCGUAUUAAUUGCAAAUUAUUACUCUGAAGACUCAGAGACGGUAGAUUUGUCUUCUAUUUACUUUAUAAGAAUUUUAACAAUAAACAUUCUUCCCAUUGCGAACAAUCAACUCUAGUCCUUGAGUCUACCCCAUAACCGCCUACCAAAUGUGCCUCCCACACAUGAGAGAGUCAACACAAGAAAAAGGAAGAUUGCGUCGUUUCUUUGUCGUCUUAUCAAGAAUGUGUUUUGAAAUGCAAGAUAAAACUACAUACUUGCGUUGGUUUAAAAGAAUAAAAUUUCGUUUUGUUUCUUGAGGGGAAAAUAUGUUCUAGAAAAAUUCUUUUUGAAACUCAAAAUGAUGAAUCAAUAAUUCUGCUGACGUUGGAUGUAAAUUGUUCAUGAUGUGUGAUUCUGUGUGAUAAGGAAUCAAUAAAGAGGAAAAGUUUCAUGUGUGUGGGGGGGAAAUUAUGAAGAGAGAACCCCUCAUGACAACAUAAAUUGCUGAUUGAAUCGAAGCUGAAUGGAAUGAAGAGACAGAGUCCAACUAUUUACACACAAGCAGAGAGUCCAGAGAGAGACUCACUGCCACGCAGUACAUAGGCGAGGAAAAAUAAUUGAGUGUGUGAAGUCGUCAUUCGUAAUGCGGGCUUCAGUUGUGGUUUAGCCAUUCGAUGGUAUUCAAUUGAAUACAGUCUCUGUUUUAUUUUUUUUGUUCAUUUAAUAACACAACAACAACCAUUAGCUGUGGUUCUGAAUGGUAUAGAAAAGUUCCUCGUUAGCCAUCAUCUGGGUGCCUCUGUUUUGUUCAAGAGUCAAUCUACGGGUUUCUUUUACAAGACUUUCUUCCCAUUAUUGUGCUAUACUCCAAAAACUCCCGAAUAAAACGCUCUAGAAUAGUUUUUUUUUUAUAUAUAAAUCACACCAAAAAAAAACAUCAUCUCUCCACAGAGCGAGACGAAUGUGAAUUGGAUGAUUUGUGACGAGGUGAAGAUGUGCCAGACGGGAAGACAGUGAGUCAGCCUCCCACCGUUAAAUAGUGUUUAUGCUGUGUGGAAGAGUUUUUGAUUGAAGGAGUUGGGGGGGAGACACAUCUUGUGCCGCAACAACUGCAAGAAGAAUCACAGAACUUUCUUCCAAAUUGACUCCACGCAACCACCGGAUGGGGAGAAUUGAUUAGGAGUGGGACACAAGUGCAAGUGAAUGUGAUUCACCGCGAUCACCCAUAAGGCCCCCGUGUGUGUCGAGGAAAAAAACCCGAAGUUUGCCCAAAGAGAAGUGGGAAUUAUAAUAUUUUUAAAAGCACAACACCCAUUCAGUUUGCUCUGGUGAGACCAACACGAAUGAGCGAAAGAAAAAAAUUGCGCGACUGCUGAUUCUCAUUUCACGAUCAAACACCCCAAUGUGACAUAGUUUUUUAUUUUCCUUCUCUCUGCAUUUUAUGUGCUGUGUGUGUUCUACAAGUCGUAUAAAAGUUAUUUUACAUUUUGUGAUUCAGAGAGGAAAUUUUCUUUACGUCUGAGGAAAUUGUUGUAGUGCUGCUAUGGAAUUUUGAAAAGUGAUCCAGAAAGUGCUUUGAAAGUGUUUUUUCGUAUUUCUGGAGAGUGCAUUUAGUAGUGGAAUAUGGUACGAAAAGAAAGGUACGAGGUCUGUGACAUAAUGACCUCGAUUGUACUAAUAAUUGGGAUCAUCACACUCUGUACUCAUGUGCUGGCUGUGGAUCUUGAAGGCCCAAAUAUCUGCAAACGAGAAGAAGAAUAUGUUAUUGAGGUGGUGACUGUUGAAAAGCAGGCAUACCAAGAAUUAGUAAAUGAAUGGUGUUGGAAUGUUCCGCCGAGAUGUUCAAAAUACAAAAUACGAUUCCGGGAUGUAAAUAAAACACAACCAAUUGUCAAGAAGAAAAUUGUUAAGGAGUGUUGCGAGGGUUAUGGAAAGAAUGCUGCCGGAAAUCGAUGUAUUCCCAUUUGUUCGAGCGCGUGCCAACAUGGGAUAUGCAUGGCGCCAGAAGUGUGCAAAUGCGAACCAGGGUACGGUGGCCCGGCUUGUGAUAUAACAUGCCCCCCAAUGGCCUGGGGGAGAGAUUGUUCAAAGAAGUGUGACUGCGACAACAAUGCUUCGUGUGAUCCCUACAAUGGCAAAUGCAAGUGCCAGAAGGGAUUCAUUGGGGAGAGGUGUGAGCAAGAGUGUCCACCGGGAAAAUACGGUGAGGGUUGCAAGGAGGUGUGCAGGUGUGAGAAUGCAGCUUCAUGUGAUAAAAUAUCCGGUGAAUGCAUCUGCAGUGCAGGAUGGACGGGACCACUCUGCGAAGAUCAAUGCCCGGAGGGAAUGCACGGGAAUCAAUGUCAGAAGGAGUGCAAGUGCCAGAAUGGUGGCAAAUGCAAUCCAGCUGAUGGGAAAUGUGACUGCCCACCUGGAUGGUUGGGUAGCGUGUGUGCCAAUCGCUGUCCACCCGGUACAUUUGGUGAUAACUGCACUGGGGCAUGCGAAUGCUUCAACGGGGCGUCGUGUCAUCACAUUACAGGGGAAUGUGAAUGCGCUCCUGGUUUCAGAGGCCAGAAAUGCUUAGAUCCCUGCCAUAGUGGUUUCUUUGGGGUGAAUUGUGUGGAAAUAUGUCAUUGUAUGAAUGGAGCACCAUGUGAUCCUUCCGAUGGUCACUGUUCCUGCCUUCCUGGAUGGACUGGAAUCAACUGCGAUACGCGAAUAUGUGAAGAUGGGAAGUAUGGGGAGAAUUGCACCAACACCUGUGAUUGCAAUAAGAAGAAUACGAAAAUGUGCCAUCCGUGGACGGGAAAAUGCGAAUGUACCGAAGGUUGGAGUGGCGAAUUCUGCGAUAGACCAUGCCCUAUUCUGACCUACGGUAGCAAUUGCCAAUUCUCGUGCAAUUGCAAAAAUGGCGCAACGUGCUCCAAUAUAAAUGGCACGUGCUUCUGUGCAGCAGGUUUUCGUGGUAGCAUGUGCGAAGAACCCUGCCCCGAGGGUCUCUACGGGCAGGAUUGCAAUCAGAAAUGUAUCUGCCAGAACGGGGCGACGUGUCAUCCGGAAACGGGUCAGUGCAACUGCACGGAUGGUUGGCAGGGACACGCGUGCGAUCGACCGUGUGCACCGCAAAAUAAAACGGGUACCCUUAAGUACUACUACGGUACAGGGUGCAGCAAUGAGUGUGAAUGCCUCAAUGGGGCUGCGUGUAAUCCGCAAAAUGGCACGUGUACGUGCGCACCCGGCUUUACGGGUGAGCACUGUGAAAAGAAAUGCGAUUCAGGCACAUUUGGGCAGAAUUGCGAACAAAAAUGUGAAUGUGUUCAACAAAAUAUGCACAAUUGUGACUCUCAGACAGGAAAAUGCAUCUGCAAGACGAACUGGGGAGGAGUACACUGUGAAACACAAUGUCCUAUAGGAACGUACGGGGAACGAUGUGAAUUCACGUGCAAUUGCAUGAAUAAUUCUUCGUGCGAUCCAGAGACGGGUAAAUGCAUCUGCUCAAGAGGAUGGACGGGGUAUGAAUGCAGGACUCCCUGUCCGGAAGGUUACUACGGGGUGGGGUGCAAGGAGAAGUGUCAAUUGUCCCCGAAUGGUAAUGAGACGUGCGAUCAUGUGACGGGAGAAUAUAAAUGUCGUCCAGGCUAUAUGGGGCUAAUGUGUGAACAUCCCUGCCCAGCUGGCUACUACGGGGGGCAGUGUGUAUUGAAAUGUCACUGCAAUCACGGUGCAGAAUGUUCCCACAUAACGGGGCAAUGCCAAUGCCCACCAGGAUGGACAGGACCCAAUUGCAAUGAUCCCUGCCCUGAUAACUACUACGGCAAUAAUUGCGCUUUUCAGUGCAAAUGCGGGAAGAAUGCACAGUGCCGGAAGAAUGAUGGAAUGUGCAUCUGUGAUCCAGGCUUCAUGGGGAAUAGGUGUGACGAUCUCUGCCCUGAAGGCUACUACGGGCAGCACUGUCUUCAAUCGUGCAACUGCAAGAGCAACCAAUUUAUCUGUCAUGCUGCACAUGGAUGUGUCUGCCGGUCUAACUUCAAAGGUACCAACUGUGACAUUCCCAUCAUUGCUGGAUCUGAGACAAUAAGGGCAGAGGAGACUGUGAGUGCAAGUUUGGUGUUUGGGAUAGUGGCAGCGUGUUGUGUGGUAGCAUUGGUCUUUAUCCUCAUGCUCCUCUACUACAGACGUCGUCUUGCCAAUAUGAGAACGGAAAUAAUGGCCGUACAGUACUCAACUGAUCCCCAAGCUUUCCCGGAUCGUCAUCACUUUGAUAAUCCAGUUUAUGCUUUCCAAGGACCUCAGGAUAAUAUUCGUUUACUCAAUAAUCUCGUUAAACAAUCCACCGUGAAUCGAUGCAACGAAACAGACUCAACGAUUAGCAAUGGAAGCCGCGCUGGAGCGUAUUCCAUUAAUUUCUGCACCGACAUGUCGCAGAAGAACUUCAAUGCUGAUCUCACUAAUCCCAAUAUCUACAAUAGCAUUGAGGAUGCCAAUAAGGAGGAUCAUGUUUACGAUGAAAUUAAGCACAAAGAGGAUUACAAGGAUAUCGAUAAAGAAUACGAUCAUUUGGACUAUGCACGACCAGGAAGUUCAUUUAAAACUCACUACCAUCGAAUGGAAAACAGCUUAAGUGCACAGAAAGAGACGAAUCUCCCAAAAGUCAACAAUAUAUCACCAAAUCAACUUCCAGAGUCUACAGAAGUUGACGCAACACCCUCCCCGUCGGACAAUGCAACAGAUGAUGAAAGAUCAGAUAAGACCGAUUGAAUAUUUUAGGGCCAUUUAGUCAUUGAUUUCCAUUAAAUGAGCCAUUUUAAAGUGAAUUUAUAGAAAAAAAAAGAAAUGAGACAGAUUCGUGUGAAGGUAUGUAUCCAAAAUCGUGACUGAGUUUCAACUCAACAUCGUAUUUAUGCAUUAAGAUUUUUUUUAGUGUUCCGAAGCGACUUUUAAUAAAGUCAAGUGCCAAGUUUAUCUUGUUUUUCAUUUUACAAAAUUUCUUUUGAACUUGACAGUGUCCACGUAAAUUAAAUUCAGUGAGUAAAAAAUUAAGUAGAUCGUUAACUUUUUGAUCUCUGGGUUUGAAUAAUAAUUAAAAAGAAAGAAAAAGGGAUUUAACCCGGACUUAGGAUUGUGUAGAAAAGUCAAUUUUAAAGUAAAUUGUUUUAAAAAUUUUCCGUAAAAGUUCUGAAUCUAUUUCUUCAACCAAAUUCCUCUGACUUUUUGUGAAAAUUAAAUUAUUUUUAUGCGCUUUUAUGCUCUCAAAUACAUUGAAAAAAAUCUUGGUCAAUGUCUGUCAUAUUAAUAUGGAAAAGAAUGAUAAUAAAAUUCUGUGGACACUACUUGAAUGACCUCAUUUGCAAUAAAGUAAUUUUAAAAAAUAAAUCAUUCAAUUCAGCUAAUUUGCUGUAAAAUAUUUAAUUUUACGUAAAAACUGAUAAAAAUGUAUUUUUAAAAAAAAUCAUUCGACAUUAACAAAGUCAUUAACGAAAAAUUUUUAAAGAUUUUAUUAGUUUUUAAUUAAAAUAAAAGAAAUCUUUUGUAUAUAAAUUUAAAACCCUUGUAGACGUUUUAAGGGGGCUUUUAGUGAAAGUUUUACGAGUGACAAAUCUUUCUAAAUAAAAAAAAAGAGCGCCAAUUGCUCAAUAUUAAAUAAUAUUACUAAAUAACUACCUAUAUAUUGUUCCAAAUUGUUAAAUUGUGAUACGAAAAAAAAAAUGUAAAAAUUUUGCCGAGUUCAAAGACCUUCCUCAAGGGUUUCAUCUCACAAGAAAAUUAAAUUCAAUUAAAUAUUUCAUGCUCUGAACAAUUGCACGAAAUUAAUUUAUCUAAAAAAUGAACUUUCUCACUUUUGGAGUUAUUGCAUUUUAUUUUACACGUGAAAACAAAUCUUUUUUGUGUUUUUUCGGGGUAUUUUGAAAUGAAUUCAAACACACACACAUUGAGGUGAAAUUCUGUGAUAUUUACCAAUUUCAGAAUCAUUUUUGUGAAAGAGUUUAUUUUUUUUAACUAAAAGAAAAAAUUGUUGGCAACAUUGCAAUUUAUUUGUUACUUCAGCAAUCCCUAAAAACAAAUCAUUAAUUAACCUCUAAAGAGGGAAGGCAAUUAAGGUGGAAAAUAAUAUUUACGAAAUGAAUGAUAUUUGAUUUAGAGAGCUUCGGGCUUUUGAGAUGAAAGGAAAGUUCUAUGUAUUAGUAAAAAAAAAAUUGAAGACAAUGUGAGAAUGUGAAGAUUUUGAGAGUUUUCUUUUUUUUUUAAGUCAACCGUAUGAAGUGUUUUGUGCAUGAGUGUUGUGAUUUUUAUUUUAAGUAAAAAGAAGAAAUAAUUAAUGAUCAAUUAUGUACGUACAUAUCGUCCAUAUAAUGUUGAAGCUUUCCCCGCUAGAUGGCCAAUCUUCUCACAGAGACAUCUAGUGUUAGUUUCAAUUAACCAUAAAAAGGGCAUUAAGGUUUUUUUUUUUUAAAUAAAUUGCUCUAUUUAAUUUCUAAUUCACUUCUAACAUUAUAUAGACUACUAAAGAAUAGAUAAAAUACUCUGCAAAUAAAUUGUUUAAAACAGCGAAAAAUAUCCCAGACUGUUGUGAAAAUCUUCGACAACAUUUUAAUGAUAAUUUUGUGCAAUUUUGCGUGCCGAAAAUGGGAAGAAAAUAAUAUUCUUGCCCCUUCAUUUAGAAUUGUGCUUCUAAUGUAGAGCACAAAUUCCUUUUUUUUUUAUGUGAGAGUGGUUUUAUAAAAAUUCUAUUGAUUAAAUAGAUAAAAUAUGUAUUUUUUAAAGUAAUUUUUGUAUAGAAUUAUAUAUAUUUACAUAAAUAAGUGUGAUUUGGACUUUACGAUAUAUACAUAAAGUAGUGUGAAGAUAAUAAAGUUUUUUCCAUUUAA